CUUCGCCGCGCCGCUUGCCAAUCCUCUCCCUGGCGGCGGCACCGGUUCCCGUGAGGCCGUGACCACCCCCCUAUAUUCGUAGUGCGCGCACCGAACGCCACAGGACCGCCAGCCAGACGGCAUUGUUGUCUUGUCGCCGCCUCGCGUCCCAGGUUCCCAGCGCGCCGGAGCAGAGGAUCAACAGGAGAUCGCAUGGCGCGCGUCCUCGUCGACGUCGUCCUCGUUGCCACGCUCACCGCGGUGCUCCUCCUCGCGGCGGCGCCUCCUCCGGCGGCGAGGGCGGCGUGGGUGGACUCGGACUACCCGUCGAGCGUGCCGUGCGGCGUGACCAUCCCCGUGGAGCAGUGCGACCCGGCGGUCGCCGCGGCGAACGCCGCGUGCCGGGACAUGUGCCACUACGGAGGGCGGCGAGGCGGGCGGUGCGUGUCCCCUGGGCGGCUCGCGCUGGUGCAGGGAUGCCAUUGCAGGUGCUAGCUCGCCGACCGACCGACCGACCACCAACGUGUGACGGGUGGCGGCGGCCGGGGAGACGCAAUGUCUUUCCUAUGGAAAUAACAAAAGCCUGCAUGACGGUGUGCAGAGAUAGCAGUGACCUAAUCGUAUCUAUAGCUAAUAGCUGUGUUUGUUGAUGCUGUGGUACAGCACGCAAUGUGUUUUGUUCUGCGCAUUCAGUUGUUCUUUUUCGUUAGCGGAAAAUUGCAUGUUCCGGCUGCAUGCGGCUAGUGACAAGCAGUAUCAACACGCACCGGUUAUUUGCUAGUGCGAUGACUGCGUAAUAGUGUGGCUGAUGAAAUUUGGCUUAUGCUAUUGCUUA